GUCCAUAACAUACGCAGCUGAAAACUUACAAUUGAAAGUCCACUACUAACAUCAGUAAUUACAAAGGAGAGACAAUGAACACAGAUUGAUUAAUCGGUUUUAUCAUAUUCAUACUAGUCUACCAUCCCCUCCCUCGACGUUGUUCAACUGCUCAUUAUAGCAAGUCUCCCGGUCCUUAUAGUUAAGUGACAUCCCUAGAUCUAAUCAUGGGAGCUACAGGUUUGAGCUGUGAAACAUUUCUUCUCCUGGAGAAUGUCAGUUCAUUUCGCCACGAGGCGCAAAAGGAAAAUAAUCACUGAAUGGAAAGGAGCAGCUUCAUUUCAAGACAUUAAUCAGGGAGAUCAGGGGAGGCUACUGCGGUGGAUGUAAAGGGAAACAAGCAUGCAACUAUUUUAGAGAAACGGUCUUGUACAACAAACAUUCCUACAGGCACUCAUGGGUUGUCUUAAGCUUGAGGGCAGUGAAAUUAAAAGCACAGCGUUCCUCGCAUGCUCCUUCCAGGUUCUCUUCACCGCUUUCAACGCUUUACUGAACCUCCAUAGCUCCCUGCACGAUGAGAACAGCCUUGGCCUCGCCUGCCUGGCCAUCAUCUACUUCACGGCCAUCUUGUCCAGCGUCUUGGCCCCCGCCACCAUCAGCUACCUGGGGGCCAAGACUGUGCUGGUGGCCUUUUUCUUGGCCCACUGUGUGUACGUGCUGGUCAACUUCUACCCCACCUUCUAUACCAUGGUCCCGGCGGCCGUCUUAGUGGGGGCUUUCCAUGGCUCGGCAUGGACCGCUCAAGCGCUGUACAUAUCAUCCAGCGCCUACUCCUACUCGAGGAAGUCCUCCAGGUCCCCCUACACCGUCCUCAGCCGCUUCAACGCCGUCUUCUUCGCCCUGUUCGCCACCACCAACAUCGGCGGCAACCUGGUGACCAGUCUGGUGCUGGAGGAGGGGGAUAGCGGACAGUGGUCAGAACAGCACUGAGAACAACUACUGUGGCAUCAACGACUGUCCUUUUAGAGAAAAUAUCACUCAGAUCUUCGACCCAGAGGAUCGAGUAUUGUACAUCACGCUUGGGUUUUAUUUGGUGUGCACUUUAACGGGAUCGAUUCUGGUAAUCGCCGGUUUGCCUUCGCUUCCCAAAAGUGAAUGGAUCAAGAAGACGAC